GGGGGAGUAAUUCGUAGCAGGUGCCAUUUUAGGUAAAAAAUAGCGAUAGAUAUGACGUUGAUGUAAAAAGGCCCGACCCAAAAGGCCCAACACAAAAAACCUUUGGACACCGUCGAUCAAUAGUGAAUUCGGCCACCAUAAGAACAACGAACGCGCCAGCGGUUACGAUUUUAGGGUUUCAAAAUUAACUCACCAUUAUAGAGCUUCUUCUUCAAUUUUCGAUUUCGCUUUCAAUCAGUUAUACAACAAUUAAAAUGGCCAAAAUUUUCUGGGCAACUCUUGGCAUCUAAAUUUCAAGAAAAUCUGACAGUCUUUUUGUUGUUGAUUUUGUUUUGGGUCCUUUGAUUGGCCUGUUGAGCAUUGUUAACCUCUUGAUUUUUCAUUCAAAAAUUCUAUCUUUCCUUUCUCUGUUACUUUUGUUGUUAUGUUAUGAUGAUUCCUGGAUUUACCAUUAGAAUCAAUCACAUUGCUACUCUUUGGUCCAUACCUCAUGGAACAGUUUCAAUCAAAAUUCUUACUCUGCUAUUCCAUCUGGCCACUCAUUGUUUCCACCUUUCCAUAUUUGCAUUCUCUCUUCUAUGUAUGCUUCUGGCUUCUGUGCUUCCUUCACAGUUGCCCUGCAAGCUUGCUUUUUCUAGAUGCAUAAAAUGCCCGGGACAAGACAGAAAGAUGCAACAGCCCAAAAUUCAGAGUCACCAGGGGGAAACAGUGAACCUGAAAAACCGACAAAUUCUGGUGAGCAGGUCGAUCUUAAUGUGGAUAAUGAUCAAGAGGAGACCUCAGAAGAAGAGGUUGAGUAUGAAGAGAUAGAGGUGGAGGAAGAAGUGGAAGAGGAAGAAGAGGAGGAAGAGGAGGAAGACGAAGCAGAGGAAGAGAAUAAGCCCUCAGAUGGUGAAGAUGCGAUGAGAGUCGAAGAUGAGGUUGAGAAAAAGAAACAUGCUGAGCUUCUUGCACUUCCACCUCAUGGUUCAGAGGUCUACAUUGGGGGAAUUCCUCGUGAAGUUUCUGAAAAAGAUUUAAAGGUGUUUUGUCAAUCUGUGGGAGAAGUGGCACAGGUCAGGAUUAUGAAAGGGAAAGAAUCAAAUGGUUAUGCUUUUGUGACCUUCAAGACAAAGGAAUUGGCAUCUAAGGCUAUGGAGGAGCUGAACAAUUCUGAAUUUAAGGGGAAAAGAAUAAAGUGCUCACCAUCUCAAGUUAAACAUAGGUUAUUCAUUGGUAAUGUUCCUAAAGAUUGGACCGUAGAAGAUAUGAAGAAGGUUGUUGCUAAAGUUGGCCCCGGAGUAAUUUCUGUGGAACUAUUGAAGGAUCCACAGGGUUCUAGCCGUAAUCGGGGAUUUGCUUUUAUUGAGUAUCACAAUCAUGCUUGUGCAGAAUAUUCAAGGCAGAAAAUGUCAAACUCACAAUUUAAACUUGACAAUAAUGCUCCAACAGUGAGCUGGGCUGACCCAAGGAAUUCUGAAUCAUCAGCAUCCUCUCAGGUGAAAGCAGUAUAUGUAAAGAACCUUCCAGAAGACAUAACUCAGAAUCGUCUGAGGGAGCUGUUUGAACAUCAUGGAAAGAUCACAAAAGUGGCUCUCCCUCCUGCUAAAGCCGGACAAGAAAAGAGUAGAUAUGGUUUUGUGCACUUUGCUGAUAGGUCAAGUGCAAUGAAGGCAUUGAAGAAUACGGAGAAGUAUGAAAUUGAUGGCCAAACAUUGGAAUGCUCACUCGCUAAGCCACAGGCAGACCAGAAGUCAUCUGGUACUUCAAAUUCGCACCAGUCAUCUGUACUUCCUUAUCCAUCUCCUCUUGGAUAUGGUGCUCUUGGUGCAGGAUAUGGUGCACUUGGUGCAGGAUAUGGUGCUGCUGGCUUUGCGCCGCCACUAAUGUAUGGUCCGGGAGCAACUCCUGCCGGCAUGGCAAUGAUGCCAAUGCUUUUACCAGAUGGAAGAAUUGCAUAUGUUUUGCAACAACCAGGUUUGCAGCAGCCAGGAUUGCAGCAGCCGGGUUUGCAGCAGUCGGGUUUUCAACAGCAUGCUCCAUCCCCAGUAUCCAGACAUGGUAGGAAUAGUGGUGGUAGCUCAAGUGGUGAAAAGCGUAGUAACGAUAAUAACCGUAACCGUGGUCAUGGCCGAUAUAAUCCCUACUAACGUAAUUGGCCACGGUGGUCUUCAGGGUUCUUGAAAAUCGAGAUUUGCUCCUGCUGGUUAUCUCCCCAAUGCUGAAAAUUAAUCUCUGGCAUGUAUGAGAAAAUUUGCAGAAGAGGCAUAGGCAAAAUGGAUUGAUGGGAAAAAUAUUUAUAAUGUAUAUUUUUCCCUUUAUCUUUAUAUCGAAUUUUUUUCCGAAGCAAUAUUAUAAUCUUACUCCCAUCAGUAAUUGCAUUGUGGGCUGAGAAGAAGGGGAAAUGACUGACUCAAGAUACAAGCUCAACUAAUUCAAACAAAUAGUGGUUGUGAAUGAAAUUAUUUAAAUUGAAGUUUAAGAUUCA